GUGAGAGCAGGACGCACAGAGAAGGACAGAGUCACAAUUUAGGGAGGACGCAAUAAAGUUCAUGACACAACACAAAGUGGACGUUUGGAGGAAAACCUCAGUGACUGGAAACUUUACACGCGAAGAAAGGAGAGGACAUGGGCGUUUGAUUUCACGUUGAAGACAGUGUUUCUGGGGUGUUCACAGUUUACCCCCAACGCAUCGUUACGCAGGAGACGAAAACACCUCCAAUGUUCUGCGCACUUUUCCACGGCACAGGGAUGUUUCGAUGAGACCAAGAACCCCAGCAGGUCCUUCAAGCGGCUCAAAGAUGUCCGUGUGGAAUACUGUGGCGCCCUCUGUUGUGUGAUCGAGGAAGGCCAAGAAAGAGGGCAGGCACCAUGGUGAACAUAUUUGAAGAGGGGAUGAACCUUGUCAUCGUCAGCCACUAUAACCAGUCUGGGAAGUGGGACCGGCCCCGCUCUGGUGGGGCCUGUAAAAAGGCUGUGCUGCUCUUCAUCUGCGUGCUGAUCGUUCUGGAGAACGUCACAGUUCUGCUUGCUCUGUGGAGGAACAAACGCUUCCACAGCCGCAUGUACUUCCUGAUUGGAAACCUGGCACUGUCAGACCUGCUGGCUGGUGUGGCAUAUGUGGUUAACAUUUUUACCUCAGGAAGAAACACCUUCUUCCUGACUCCAGUGCAGUGGCUGGCCAGAGAGGGGAGCAUGUUCGUGGCCCUCAGUGCUUCCACGUUCAGCCUUCUUGCAAUUGGGAUAGAGAGGCACAUGACGAUGGUGCGUUUGCGUCCCUGUGAGACAGCAGGCCGUGGCAGACUUCUAGGACUCCUUGCGGCCUGCUGGCUUGUUUCAGUGCUGCUCAGUGCUCUGCCCAGUCUGGGCUGGAACUGCCUCAACAACCGAGCUUCCUGCUCCACAGUGCUGCCGCUCUACGCUAAGAGCUAUGUGGCCUUCUGUAUUUCUGUGUUCAGUGCUCUAUUGGUGGCCAUCAUCAUCCUCUACAUCAGGAUCUACCGGCUGGUGACUUCCAGCGGCCGCAGAGUGAGCAGCCGGCCUUCAGAGCGCUCCCUGGCCUUGCUGCGGACUGUGGUUAUCGUUCUUGGUGUGUUCGUCAUGUGCUGGACCCCACUCUUUCUGCUAUUGCUAUUGGAUGUCGGAUGUAGUCCAGAUAAAUGCCCGGUGCUCUACCAGGUGGACUGGUUCAUUGCCCUGGCUGUGCUGAACUCUGCCCUUAACCCACUCAUAUACACUCUGUCCAGCAGAGAGAUGAGGGCAGCCUUCUUCAGGCUGCUCUGCUGCUGUCAGACCAGUAUGGAGUCUACAGGGACUCCUGUGGUGGGAAACCCACACCUUGGCACCAUCAUUCCCACAGCGGAGAACAGCAAAACCAGCUUGGGUGGAGGAGGGGGCAGUGUGGCUGGGAAGUCCACUCUGGGUAGAGGAAAGGGUCCUCCACCUGUGAACUUGGACAGCAAGCAUGGAGAUCCCUCAGCCACAGCUGUGCCCCACCCAUCAGGACCUGCAGACCUACUGUCAGCUGUGCUGGUGAAGGCGGGGGCUCUGCCACCGCUCAGCAAGUUCUGAUUGGUAGCACCUUAGCAAGGCCUUAUAACAGAGAAACAGAGGUGAUGAACUCCUGCUGUCUCUGCCACUUCUUGGUUAUGCACUAUGGAUGUUGAAGCAUAAAUAUGAUGAAGGAUUUUUUUCUAUCAAAGAAAGUAAAGACCUGAACACAGUGAAAACUAUUUAAAGCCACUAUUCAAACCUUAAUAAUAUUUCUCACAGCACGAGAGUGACUGAGAUGUUGCAACGCAGCGAUGAAAUACCAAUGAAAUACACAGGACAGUUUCUAGGGCAUGGACCAGACUAAGCCCGGACUAAAUCUCUUGGCUUAACCCAGUUCUGUGAAAACUUGCUUAUGCAACAACGGAACAUAAUUAACUUUAACCCCUUAAAGCCUGUUGUAUCAUAUUUGAUACAUAGUGGAUUAUCAAUUACCAAAAACACCCAAUGUAUCAAAUGAGAUACAAAAAAAUAUAUACAUGUUAAAUUGGAUUUUUUUUUUUCCUGGAUUUCAGUAGAAAGUGAAAUAAACAUUUCAUUUCCAAAAAAUGAGAAUUUCUGGCUAUAAAUUGUGUAUUCAGGCUUUAACGGGUUAAUACUGUUAAGAUUGUGUAUGUGUUUGUUUUAUUUUGUCAUCAAAAGAAAAAGAAGUAUAAAAUCAGGACACUUUGAUGCAUGUGCUUUAUGCAAGAACUCUUUAAACACCUGCAUUUUGUCAACACAACUUAAUUUUGCAAACUAUUUAUUUUCUGUGAAAACAUUUGCAAUAGCAAUACUUCUAGUAGCAUGUUUCAGUAUAGUUUGUGUGCAUUUAAAACACUACGGUACAAAGGUAUAAUUAUUGUUUUGCUAUGAUUGAGAUGUAUUGUGAGAGAAAGAAAGACCAAAAGAUUUUUGUUUUAAACUAGCGGCCUCUAGAGGCUGUGAUGCUCAUCAUUCAACUGAAGGAAAGCAAUCUAAUGAAUAAAAACUAUCUAGAGCAGCGGUUCCCAACCUAUUUUGCUUUGACCCCCCCUUCCUAUUUGUAUCUAAAAAAAAUUUGAGCCCACACAGUGAAAAAUUUACAUCAAUUUUCAUUCUUUUGUUGUUUGAAUCCAAGCAAAAUAGCUGUUAAAAUAAAAGUAGCCAAAAACCUUUAUAUGAACUAUUCGUAAGUGUUUCAGCCUGAUUCUACUUAGUAGGUGCAGACAGGACCUUGUACCCCCCUAAAAUCUCUGGCGCCCCCCUAAAGGGUUUCCAGAGCCCAGGUUGGGAACCAAGCAUCUAGAGUGCAUGCAUCCAUUUAUUUUAUUUACUUCAUUCUCUGUGAUAUGAGUAAAAUGUGGUUGUUUACUGAAGAUCUACACCUGCUUAUGCCACUUACUCAGUGUAGUGUUGGUUUUCCUGUUAUCACAAGUUAAUUCUUUUAAAUGUAUUGCACAUAUGAACUAUGAAGAAAAACAACAAAGAGAAAACACAAUAAACCAAUGAAUACAAGUCAUGCAAUGCAUGCAAAUUUGGAAGAAAAUAACAACUAAAUAAAUGUGCAGGAGAGGCCAAAUAAACCUUCCUAAUGUGAAAUUUUAACACUGAGAUAGACAACUGAAACUGUACAAAUCAAUACAAUACAUCUAAAAAAAAUAAAGAAAGAAAUGAACAUAUCAUUCUACGGGGUUAUGAGACACUAAACCUUCGCUGUUUUCUUGUUACCUCUGCAGUAAGCCAAGAUCUCAAGAAAACACUUCAAAAUAAAUCAUUAUUACAGGAAAGCUGAAGUAAAAGAAUGUAUGAAUGUAUUUCAGCUAGGGCUUCCAUAAAAAGCAGGGUGAAAAAGUUACUAUCAUUGAUUUCUAAUCUGCCUAUGUGCAGGAAAGAUUGUCUAGAUGGUUGCUCAUUCCCACGAUUGACUCAUGUUUCAUAUUUGCUCUCAGCUCUCCUUGGUCAGCAUCAGCUGCACUCUGAGAUCAAUUAACGUGUGUAAUAACUGCAGUCAUGGACGUUUUCUCCUCUCAUCAGCAUAAUGUAGAAACCACUCACACAUCACCUAACCACUAGUGAAUAGGAGUGUUGGUUGUGAAUUAUUUAAUGGUGGUAGACUGUAAAUUACAUUUCUUCCUAAGGUGGUGUAGUGCCUGAUACCAUUAUAUAGCAAAUACAAUAAAAUCUUAUUCCCCUUUUA